CUGAAAAUUCAACUCCCAUUUUAUUACGGACUACACUGCUACCUACCUUCCUUCGUCAAAACCAGGGAAUUUUCUACUUACCAGAAUUUUCUCUCUCCUCUUUCUUCCUUUUUCUCUCUAUUUCCCAUUCUAUUCAAUUCACGCGUCUUCUUCUUCUACUUCUUUUCUAUCAUCUCAAUCAAUUCCCCUCUUUUAUUUUCGUCUUUUUUAGGGUUUUGUUUGUUUUUUUUAAAUUUCGGUUUUUUUUUUUUAAUUUAAUCAUUUUCCAGGGUUUUGGGAAAUUCCCAAUUUUAAUCAUUUUCAGGGUUUUAGGGAUUUGGGUUUUUUCAAUUUUGAUAAUUUUUUGUGAUAAACAAAAUGGGAGGAGCUUGUUCAGUUGGGACGAUGGGUGGCAGGAUUAGUUCCGAAGAAUUGGAGCAGAAAUUAGAGAUGGAGAAUAAAAACAGCAGCAAAAAUACGAUCAAUAAUAAGUUGAAGAGGAUUAAAAGCUUUGGAAAUUUGACAAAGAAGAAAAAUAAGAAUUCCGAUGAUGAUCCUAUUACUGCUUCUCCUCAGAGAUAUUAUUCCGGCGAGUUGAGAUUUUCCGGCGAUCUUAAGGCUCCACCAAGAGGAUCUUCAUUUAUAGGAAGAGCUAGCUUUGCUGGAAUGGAAAAGGCUGUUGAUGUCAUAGAUGCACUUGGAAGUGGAAUGACAAACUUGAGUCAUAGUGGGUUUUUGACAGGAAAGGUGGCCAAGGGGAACAAGAUAUCGAUAUUGGCAUUUGAAGUAGCUAACACAAUCACACGAGGUGUGAAUCUCAUGCAAUCUCUCUCCAAGGAAAAUGUUAAGUACAUAAAGGAGGAAGUUAUUCCAUCAGAAGGGGUUCAGCUUUUGGUUUCUUCAGACACUAAGGUGUUGCUAAGUUUAGUUGCUUUGGACAAAAGGGAGGAACUUGAUGUCUUUUGCAAAGAAGUGAUUAGAUUCGGUGAUCGUUGUAAAGACCCACAAUGGCAUAACUUAAAUCGAUUUUUUCAAAAUCUGGAUACCGAAAAUGCAGUAUACGAACCUCAAAGAGAACAGGUCGAAGCAAAAAUGCAAGAAUUGAUGACUUUAGCUCAGAAUACCUCUGAAUUGUACCAUGAGCUGAAUGCUUAUGAUAGAUUUGAGCAAGAUUAUCGGCAGAAGGUUGAAGAAUUGAAGUCCUUAAAGUUGCCUCGUAAAGGAGAGCAUCUCGUGAUGUUAAACAAUGAACUAAAACAACAAAAGAAGAUUGUAAUGAGCUUGAAAAAGAAAUCUCUUUGGUCAAAAAAAUUGGAGGAGGUCAUUGAGAAACUUGUCGAUAUUGUAGCCUUUAUACAUCAAGAGAUUACUGAAGUUUUUGGAGCAGGUGGAGUAAACGCUGGAGAAGAGACCGGUAUAGGUGCUCAAAGGCUAGGUCCUGCUGGUCUUGCUUUACAUUAUGCAAAUAUUAUUAACCAAAUCGACAACAUUGCGUCCAGGCCCACUUCUGUUCCCCCUAAUAUAAGGGAUACAUUGUAUCGUGGAUUACCAGAUGGUGUCAAGACUUCUAUGCGCUCCAGUUUGCAGAAAGCCCGUACUAAUGAGGAGGUUGAUGUCCCUCAAAUUAAAGCUGAAAUGGAGAAGACUCUUCAAUGGCUUGCUCCCAUGGCAACAAACACUCUAAAAAUGCAUCAAGGUUUUGGUUGGGUUGGAGAGUGGGCUAAUUCCAGCAUUGAAUACAGCAAAAAGACAGCAGGAAAUGGCACCUUAAUUCGUCUCCAAACUCUCUAUCAUGCAAGUAGGGAGAGGAUGGAUAAUUACAUCCUCAGGCUUGUGACACUACUCCAUCAACUGAUUAGCGGAAUGAAACGCAGAGAUUAUGGGCUAAAGACUUUACACCCACUGCAAUCUCCUAGCAAAAAGAUCCUGGUUCUUAACUCACCAUUGAAGAGUUUCUCAUCCCUAUAUGAUGGUAAUAAGCCCCUUAGAGUUGAGCUCACUGAGGAGGACCGGAAAUUGCUAGAAAUAAUGAGCAAGUCAAAACGCACUCCUGGAAUUAGCAAAAGUCAGGAAUUUUGCAAGACUUCUCAAAGUAUGGGCAAAUCUUGGACAUGGAGUAAGAGCAGUGAAAGUUCUCCAUACAAGGAACCGAGAUCUUAUCGCACUGUGAGCUAUUAUGAUGUUGGCUACUUGGACAUGACGAGUGGUGGCAUUGAAGCACCAUUUUGAGGAGUUGCAUAAUCAUUACUUGAAUAUUUUGCCUGAAGACCAUCACCCUUCAUUCGUUAUAUUUCUAAUGUAUAUAAUGGCACAUAUUGCAAGUUUUUGUAUUGUACAUACUUAGAUAUAGAUGCAUUAUAUUCAACUGACACCAUACUCUUGAUUGGGUAUAUAAAUGGGAGAGAUAUAUAUAGUCAAAUAGUUAACUCAGAUGCGUUGAAUGGUUGUAAUGUGGAGUUUCUCAGGUUCAAGUUUUGGUUCCAGUAGCUGCCCUGAGAAUUGAAUCUGAACUUGCCGGUUACAUGGCCGAUGAACAGUCGUUUAAGCCACUUGUAUGUCGUUUUGUUUGACAGUUUGAGACUGAAUAAUACCAUUAUGUUUCGUUACACUGCGCUCAAUUAA